UUACGUCGCCACCCCGACUGCUCUCCGGCAGGAAGACUGACCUCGGUUUAUUUCCUGUCGGUGUAAACAGCGACGUUAUCGUGUUUUUACUGAAGUCGAGUUUAAAUUAAUCAGUGAGUUACGGUUUCCCGCCUCCAGCCACUGCUGGAAACCGUAACCGUCACCUGUGGUUCAUACGUGGGACUGACGGAGGGGAAGCUAACCGGACAGCUACACGCUAACGUUAGCCGUUAGCCCGGGGCUCGGUGCCGGUGACCGUCAGAGGUGAGCGCUGUUAGCAUUCCUCCUGUCGUUAGCUCACAGAACCGGCAGAGCUGCCGCCUCACACAGCUGUUCUCACCCGAAAUACACCGCCCGAGAGCCGGGCAGACGGGUGACAACACCCGCUCCUGGUGGCAGGUCCCCGGGUCUGCUGUCCGAGGACACACCGAACAUCACGCUGAAACCUGAAUGUAACGCUCCUGUCUUCAGCAGAAACCGUCCACACAACGAAAUACCGCAAACACUGAGAAACGUCUGUUGGUUCGUGCAUGGGCGAGUGAACAUCAGCCAUGAGCACGGAGCCGGACGCCCUGGCCGUGGUCAACCAACUGCGGGACCUGGCCGCCGACCCCAUGAACCGCAGGGCCAUCGUCCAGGACCAUGGCUGCCUGCCGGGACUCAUCCUGUUUCUGGACCACCCAAACCCUCAGGUCGUCUACUCUGCCCUGCUGGCGAUCCGUUACCUGGCAGAAUGUCGGGCCAACCAGGAGAAGCUGAAGGGGGAGUUGGGGAUGAUGCUGAGCCUCCAGAAUGUAAUGCAGAAGUCGACCACUCCCGGAGAGACGAAGCUGCUGGCGUCAGAGAUCUACGAGCUCCUGCAGGCGUCCAGCAGCGCCGACUCUGGGCCGGCCGAGGAGGCCGUCAGCAGCCGCCGUAAAGCCCAGUUCUUUCUGGGCUCCAGCAACAAGAGAGCCAAGACCGUCAUCCUCCACAUCGACGGCCUGGACGACUCGAGUCGGAGGAGUCUGUGUGAGGAGGCUCUGCUGAAGAUCAGAGGAGUGAUCAGCUUCACCUUCCAGAUGGCCGUGAAGAGAUGCAUCGUCCGGAUCCGAUCAGACCUGAAGGCCGAGGUGAGACAGGAGGCUCUGGCGUCUGCGAUCGCCUCCACCCAGGUGAUGACGGCUCAGCAGGUGGUGAAAGGAGAAAACGGAGACGAGGUUUUGAUCCCGUUGACGGAGGACGGUUCGGUGGAGGUGGAGCAGAACGUGGACCUGCCGGACUACCUGCCAGAGGACGAGAGUCCGUCUCAGGAGCCCGACAAGGCAGUGAGCCGGGUCGGGUCCGGCCAGGACGGGACCAGCUGGCUCGGUGCCGCCGCCAACUUCCUCUCCCGCUCUUUCUACUGGUGACCCCCUGGGGCCGCCUCCCCCUCCUCCCCGCUCUGUUAAACCCCUCCCCCCCACGUACUCUCAGAACAAACACCUACCAGCUGCCAAAUCUCAGCGCUGCCAGUGUCAGCCAGAGACCGAACCUGAGACAGAACCUCCAACAGUGAGUUUAAACACAGACACCGCCUGUCGGCGUGAAAACAAACCUCUGGAUUGUGGUUUUAAAGUUUCUGUUGGAGGUCUGUGGCGUCACUCUCUCUGUAAACGGGUCCAAAUGUUACAAACCAAAUUGUCUUAACAGACAGGAAGUGUCCUGCAGGGACACAAACAGACACCAACGAGUUAGAGUACAGAGGCCUGACCGGGACGCCGCUCUCCUCCUUCUUUUUAUUAUUUAUUUGACCAGAAGACUGAGUGACUUCUCUUCCUGCAGUGGCGUGUGUGACAGGACGAGCAGCGUCACAGUUCAGUCAGCUGUGCCUUCAGUGUCUCCAGCUCUCAGCACUUCGGUGCUGGGCUCAGGCUCAGUCCUGGAAAUGUCAAAAAUGAUGACGGAUGCCCACGAAAACCUCAGAGGAGUCCACAGCAGAAAAUCAAGCCUUAUGAUCUGAAACUUAAAAUCCUCAUCCUUUAAUAAAACAUCUCAGUAAACUGUUGACCAGAAUCACCAAUGAUCAGAAACCACGUCCUGAAUUUGGUGGACGGUUUCCUCGGGCUCAGAUUAGUUCUCAUCAGUCUCCAUACCAACCACAUGUGCAUGAGUCCAGCUGUGAUCAGAUCAAGUGACUUCACUUGUUUCUGAUGAGUAGAGCUCUUCUCAGGAAAGUGCAGUUUGAUCAGUCGAGUGUCGUCGCUCCAGUCUGAACCUUUGAGGCCAAACCUGAGCGGCGUCUGGUUCCCUCCUCUGCUGCUGUGUCAACGUGAGGCGACUGAUGGAGAUAAACAGCAGGUGGGUGAGUCUCCAGUCGCUGCCAUUAAACCACCACAGAAGAAGAGGACACAACUGACAGACGUCUUCCUCACUCUCCUGUCAGGUGCACGGCCUCAGGUGACCUCGUGCUCUGCACACAUCUACCUGAGCCGACGUCGCAGAUGAACAAAAAUACCUGUACAGAUACAAACAUCCAGAGAGGAGGACCUGCUGUGUCAGCUGGUCCCUCGUGUUUGGGGCGAAUCAUGUCGCUUUUAUGGGUAUUUGUCCUCAUUUUUGACAAAUUCAGAGACAAAUGAAAGUGGUGGUUAGUUGCAGCCUUCCUGUGAUGUUACUGCAGUCAUGUGUCGGUGGUAAAACGGCAGAUUUAAAGACUCUGCAGGGAGGUCAGAGACUCGGAGAGGCCACAGGUUUGAUUCCUGUUUCCUGUGAGUGGGAGAGGGAUGGACUCCUCCUCGGAUCAGUGGCAGGACGGUGCUUUACUUUCUCUUUCUGACUCUUCUUCUCUGAUUGUUCAGAGCUCGUGAGGUUUCUGGACCCGUCGUCAUGUUUACACCAACACCCCCGUGUGAAUGCCUUUAAACUGAACUUUUAUUUUGACACUUCCUGUGGACCAGACGCUGAACUCUGCCCUACAUCCAACCACGGUGGUGUUGCAUGGAGCUAUGUUCCCUAAGCUUGAUUUUCUCUUGUAACAGCCGGAGGGUUGAUGGGAAUCAGUUUUGUGACUAUUUUGCACAGUUGAAUCUGAGGGUGAUGUUUUUAAAUAGAGUAGAAAUCUGUGUUUUAAACACUGGACCAUGUGAGACAGGACUCAGCUGUUGGGGAGAAACUAAAACAACAAGAUCACUAAGAUGAUUAAAGAGCUGAGUCAUCACUUCUCUGAACAAACGUCUGAACAAAACCUGAAGGUCACAGUAUUAAAUGCAGCAACAACAAACGUUUCAUUAAAAUGUAGACUUUCCCUUUACUCACCUCUCCUGGUGUUAAUUCAUGAUUAAACCACAGAAGUCGAGGUUGAUGUUUGAUUUAAUUCACAGAAUCACAUGAAAAAUCAAAGGAAAAUAAAUCAACCCUCCAAAUUUUUAUUUUAUUUUAGUUAAGACUGAGACUUUCUUCUGAAAUGACCUUUAAUGACCUUGUACAGAUUUUUACUGUCCUCCUCUCAUUCUGUGAGUUUGUGUGUUCAUGUACCUGCCAGGUGUGCUCAUAGCUCUGCCUACACCACUCACUGUCCAAUCACAUUCAGAGUAGCCUGUUGUCAGAUGUUAGCAUGAUGCUUAAUGCAGUACUGGCCUGAAUAUAAUACGACUGUUUGAACAAAAAGCAACAUUAUGAAUAAAAUGGAGACAGAAACAUG